CAAAACAAAAUUAAAACACUGAGAUCUGUCAAAAAGCGUGGGUAAAGUUUUUUGAAAGAAGCUUCAAAUAUUGAUCAAAAUUCUGAUUUUAACAGUAAAUAAAAAGUCACACCAAGUUUUUAAAGAAACAAUAUAUAAUCCGCUUCUGUAAAGUUUGUAAAAUAAUUAAGUUUAGUGACAGGAAUGAUGAAUUUUCAACAAACAGCAAUGAAGCGAACCGUUUCCGGCAGAGCUACCCGACCGGUGGUAAAAGAAUCAAUUAUCGAGUCCGGUUCAUCGGGUGACGAAAACGACGAAUAUUUAAUGGACACGCCCGACGAAAACCCGGCAAAGUACUGCCGACUGUGCUUCUCCAUAGCUCAACCCUUGGAACCGGUGUUCAGCGGUCCGCACGACCAGGGAGGGCACAUAGCGCAGCUUAUUCGGGAGAGUAUGAACGUGUCGUUGACCGCACGGGAAGACCACCCGUGCGCCAUUUGUCGCGAGUGCUUCCAGCGGCUGCACGAGUUUCAACGCUUCAGGUCGCUCUUUCACACGCUGAACCAGGUGGUUCGCCGCAAGAAAAACACCCAAAGAGCGGUCCUUGCUAAAAAGGCAAAGAAAAAGGCCAAAGUUUCCACCGCAGCCGCAUCGGCAGCUGUUCCGAUCGUUGACAGCACGACCAACGGGCCGCCGGAGCUGCCCGCGAAAGGAGCGGAUUGCAUUGAACUGUCCGAUGAGGAUGAUGACAAUCCGGUCGUGAGCAACGGUCCAUCGGCGGAGACGGCCGAGGACAUGGACGACGAUCAGCCGUAUAUCGCGCUGGACGACGACUGGUUCUGCUGUCGGCUGUGCAACCGAAUGUUCCAGACGCUGGCGGUAAUGAUCGAUCAUCUUCGCGACAUACACCCGGGGACCGUCAAUGUUUACCAAAUGCCACCGGGCAGAGUCUCCGGGACGGAUGAACAAUCAAACAUUAUGAGCGAGGUCAUGUCCGGUGGUGUGAGAUUCUUCAAGUGUAACGAUUGCGACACCAUGCUGCGUCAGAAGAGUAACAUGUUCAAACACUGGACUCGCUUCCACAAGGACGGUGCCAUGAAAAAGUUACACUGUGGAGUGGAAGGCUGUACGCGGUUCUUCAUGGAUAGCAAAAGCUACCGGCGUCAUCUUACAAUUCAUCACGGCAUAACGGAUCCGUCGAAAAUACUGAAAUAUCAGAUGCAGCAAAGCUAACGCGGUGGUUUUUUCUUAUGUAUUAAAUGAUUGAACAGAAAUAAAUUAGUUGAAAAACUCAACUAGGAUUUUAA